AGCUUUAAGUCAACGCUGACAUGCGGAGAACGGAAUGCCUCGGAUACAUAGUACUCAGUAACGGAAUGGUUUGACCUUCCAAUCCCUCGAGACUGUCCCCAUUUUUACUAAAUCUCGGAAUUUCCGCUUCGCCAACAACUGACCUGUUUCUGGACACGGGAGAGGCACCUCCUCUGUCUUCCGUUCCUCCCGCCGACCACGGAUUUCCGAUCGGGAUUUAGAACGGCGGCUCUUAGUUUGUCCUCGUUUCCAGGGACACGCGGAGUUAUUUUGUUAUUCCGCUUCAGGCUCUUCUGCUGUUUCUAGCUGUCAGUCAGAUUUGGUGGGAUUGAUUGAUUGGUUGGAGUAGAUCGCAUUGCAGCGAUGGGGAUCGUGGAUGAUUUCAGAUCUGUGACGUCCACAUUCUAUAACGAGUACAGCAAGACGCCGGUCAAACUUAAGGCCCUCGAUCUGCUCGUGGUCUACGCAUUGCUCACGGCUGGGAUUCAGUUUGCGUACAUGGCGCUGGUGGGGUCGUUCCCCUUCAACGCUUUCCUCGCUGGGGUGCUCUCCUGCGUUGGAACCGCCGUGCUUGCAGUGUGUUUGAGAAUGCAAGCCAACAAGGAGAACAAGGACUUUCAGGACCUGCCGAACGAGAGGGCCUUCGCUGACUAUGUGCUCUGUAGCCUGGUGCUGUACCUCGUCGUUAUCAACUUCAUUGGUUAACUCAUACAGAAUGACUGGAAACAGUACCAACAAAAGUGUUUUUGUUAAUAGGUACUCUGCUACUACCAAAUAUGUAGGAGCAGGAAUUUGUUGUCCCCAUCCCAUACUGUGUUACAGGGCCACCACGGGUUGUACUUUUUUGCACUAGUGAGAAAGCUGACUGAGGGUACCGUAUC